AAUUUUUUGCUUCUUAAUUUGCUUGAUUUAUUUCAUUUAUCACUCACGUUCUUCAACAUGAAACGUUUCGUGUUUGCUUUGGCCAGGGCUUUUGCUCUUUUUCUAGCAUGUUCCUUGGCUUCUGGUGCUGUUGUGGAACACAUUUUCAAUGUGGAAAACAUUACUGUGCAACGUUUGUGUCGUCAACAAGUGAUCACUGCCGUCAAUGGAACCCUGCCAGGACCAACAAUUAACGCUCGAGAGGGUGACACUGUAGUCGUUCACGUAUUCAACAAGUCACCCUAUAAUCUUACUAUUCAUUGGCACGGAAUUUUUCAAUUUUUGACACCGUGGUCAGACGGUCCUGAAUUUGCAACUCAAUGCCCAAUAGCUUCUGGUAGCAGUUACACAUACAGAUUUAACCUAACUGGACAAGAAGGGACUCUUUGGUGGCAUGCACACUCAUCUUUUCUACGUGCUACGGUCUAUGGUGCUCUUCUAAUUCGGCCACGACUAGGACACUCGUACCCGUUUCCUAAAGUUUAUCAAGAAAUCCCUAUACUAGUUGGAGAAUGGUGGAAUGCUAAUGUUGUAGAGGUUGAGCAAAAUGCAACAGAAACUCAACAGCCGCCAAUUGAAUCAGAUGCAUAUACAAUUAAUGGUUUACCCAGCGAUCUCUAUAACUGCUCUCAGGAUGGAACAUACCAGGUCAAAGUAAAGCAAGGAAAAACCUACUUGUUGCGCAUAAUCAACUCUGCACUCAAUAAUCAACACUUUUUUGAAGUAGCCAACCAUACAUUAACCGUAGUUGCCAUUGAUGCUACCUAUACCAAUCACUACGACACCAAGGUUGUAGUGCUUGCUCCUGGCCAAACCGUUGAUGUCCUCCUAAGAACAAACCAAAGUGUGGGUUCUUACUACAUGGCCUUCACUCCAUACCAUUCCGCUCCACUUGUACAAAUCAACGCCAACAUGACUCGAGGAGUGAUAAUUUAUGAGGGUGCCACGUCAGCAAAGCCCAUCAUGCCAGAUCUCCCGGCCCAAACUGACACUCCAACGGCCCACAAGUUUUACACCAACAUCACAGGGUUGGCCGGUGGGCCCCACUGGGUCCCAGUGCCACGUCAAGUGGAUGAACACAUGUUUAUAACUUUUGGGCUUAGCUUUGACAUAUGUCGCAGUGAUACAGGAGUUUGUCCUGGGCCAGUACCCUUAUUUUCUGCAAACAUGAACAACGAGUCCUUUGUGUUGCCACAUGGCAAAGGGGUAUCAAUGCUUGAAGCGUUUUUCCGGAACGAUGUUACUGGGGUGUACACUAGAGAUUUUCCGGAUCAGCCUGCGGUUGUGUUUGACUUUACCAACCCAAACAUAACGUCGUCGCCAGAUACACCUCGUGAAUUCCUAAUCGCACCUAAAUCAACGAAGGUGAAGACGUUGAAGUUCAAUUCAACAGUUCAGAUUGUGCUUCAGAACACGGCCAUCAUUGCCGCUGAGAAUCACCCUAUUCACCUUCAUGGCUUCAAUUUUCAUGUUUUGGCUCAAGGGUUUGGGAAUUACAACGCCACUAGAGAUGAACCCAAGUUCAAUUUUGUGAAUCCUCAAAUACGUAACACAAUUGCUGUGCCGGUCGGAGGAUGGUCCGUCAUUAGAUUCCAAGCAAAUAAUCCAGGUGUUUGGCUUAUGCAUUGCCAUUUGGAAACUCAUUUGCCGUGGGGACUAUCCACGGCUUUCGAGGUUGAAAACGGGCCUUCAAUCAGAGUGCCUCCGCCACCGGCUGAUCUUCCUAAGUGCUAAACGCAUGCCAUUCGUUCAUGAACUAUAUACCUUACAUUUUUAGAUUAAAAUAAAAUAUAGAUUGGUUAAUGUUUAUACACAUAUUUUCGUAAUGUGGGUUUCUGAUUAAUUUGUUUGAUUGAGAAAAAUAAAGUGUAAUAAAGGACGAAAGUUAGGCUAUUCUUUCAACCGUAAGUGUGACUUGGUAGCCACUUCUCUGAAAUAACAUGUUACUUUGUCAUUUUAAACACUUU